AGUGAAAACGUGAUAAAACUAUAAAUUUCAUAUUUUUACUCAGUUAUUCUAUGCUUAUUAAAAUCACUGAUCACCAUUCAUUCUGUAAGUAAUUUUCCCUUUUGACGAAUUGGAAUAACAUCGAGCUAUUUUUCAAAAAAAGUUAAGAAUGGUUUGAUUAACUGAAAGCUUUUUCAACGAUCUAACCUCAAAAGCAUAUUUCAAGGCCAGAUAAAAACAAUUCGUGUUUCAGCGGGAGUUAUAUCAAUUUUUAGGUUGUACAUUGGAAUCUUUCCUAAUUGUUUCUCUUCACUCUUUGCUUCUUUUACUUUUCGUAUUUGAUUUCUGAUUUGAUUUGAUUAUGACAGGUUUAUGCAGCUUGUAACGUCAGAUAAAGAGAAAAACGGAUGUUCAAUAGUUAUUCAAACAUAUCUGAGAGUAUUGUUUUAAUGAACGGACAGCAUGGCAAAUUUCUUUUUCAUAUUAGAUCAGGGUUAAAAUAAACAGUAGAAUUUUUAUCUUCUCUACGUAUCUUUAUAGUAAAAAUAACAAUAUGUAUUUACGUUCAUUAUUGAUUAUUGGUUGUGUAAUUGAUCUCAUUUAUUGCAUACCAAUUGCGCCUAAUGAUGCUGAAAAUUCAAAAAAGUUAUUGGAAAAAACAUUGGAAUUAUUUGAUAAAAUGGGUAGUGAAAAAAUGUUUAAUGUAGGUGUGGAACUUGGUUUAUCACAAUCACCACUUAUAACGAGUGAUAUGAAAAAUAAAAUAAAAGAAUUUAUAGAAAAAUAUUGUUCCUUUAAUCAUAUUAAAAUUGAUUUAGCUAAAGUAUAUAUGGAUUAUUUUAAUUUACAAGACAUUGAACACUAUAUAGAAUUCUAUUCAACAGAAUUUGGUCAAAAAUUUGUUCGUUUACAACCAAUAAUUGUUGAACAAUCACAAAUAAUGACACAACAAUUACUAAAAAAACAUGCAUCAGAAUUACAGGCAACGUUGCUGCAAUAA